AUGGCGUCAUCAGGAGUACCUGCUGGUGGACUGCUGGAAGAGUGGCUGCAGAAAUUGAAGGAGAAUGGGAAAUUAACUGGUAGUUCGACGGGUCAGGACAUUGUAGCCAAGUUGAAGAAGGAUUUGAAAGAUGAAUUUGAGAAAUUGAGCACUUGGCUGGUGGACAGGCAGGAGUCAAAUGAGGUAGCGGGUCUUUGUAAGGACGUGGGGAAACUUGUGAGGGGGGCGAACGGUGGUGUCGUGUUCUACUUGCAGAAUUUAUGUAAAGGGAUAGCCGAAAUAAAAUAUUUCAUCAGUGGAGUAAAGAAGGUUAGGAAAUAUUAUGGCGCAGCGGAGGAUAAUCAAGCAACAAUUGAGAAGCUCACCGAUGAUAAAGCUUAUCCACGUUGUAUUGUUGGUACAUUGGCCCUAUCUGCAUUGUACGGAGAUCACUGUUAUUCAGGCGCAGUCAUGGACCACUUAAAGAACGACGUGAAAGUGGAAAAUAAGAUAAAGGACACACACAAGGAUGCUAUCGCAAACUUGGGUAUAUGUAAAAAGGUUACCAAUGCAGAUUUAAUGUUUGCUAAAUCCUUACUUCAAUCUACAAUCGAACAAAGGACACAACAGGAAAGGAAGGAAAGACAGAAGAACGAGAACUGGAGGAUAUAUUGGCCCUGGUCCUAUAGGCCAAGUGUCUGUAAGCAGCCGGCGAAAGCGGGAACAACCGAGCACGAGGCAGGGAGGAAAAAAAUUUUACAGGACAAUAAAAAAAGUUUAGUCGAGUUCACUUUAGGGAAGAACACUCAAAGUGGUAGUAAUGCAUCAUCUACCAUGGAAGACAUCUUAGUAAAUGACGACUAUACGAUUUCAGGGGAUACAUUAACACAAGCACUCUCAUCAGCGAUAAGUUCGGGUAAUGUUGAUGUAGGCAAGGCAAUAGAGAAUGUAACGAAGGCAGCCAAGAAAACUGAGGCUGAAGUAUGCAUGAAGCAAGAGGGCCAGCCAUUUUGCCAGCGCUUGGAAUGUGCAGAAAAACAUUGGAAUUUGACGAAAGGACAGGGCAAUACCGACAAUUUCUGGAACAAUUAUGUCAAGAACGAAUUAGGCAAUCUCUUUAAUCGGGCGGCUGCUAGUGAUGGUGGCACCGGAGGUGCCCAUUGCAAGAACGCUUCCCUAGAUGGUGCAAAUAAAGAAGCAUGCAAACACAUUACAGCUAAAUUAGAUAUUAUGUACCGAAAUUCAAAGGGCAAACACAAAUUGUCUGAUCAAAUUAUAAAUUGUCUUCUGAUAAAUGCUUAUGCUAAAAAAUUAAAUGAACAAGCAAAACAAAGAGGGUAUUGUGACAUAGGCAAGGGGAUACAGGAGGCUUUCAAUCACAGUAAAACCAUUAUUGGGAAUACGUCAGGUCCAUGUGGAACGGGUACUAAUGGCAAUAAUUGUAUUGAAUGCAAAUGGCAAGAAAGUGACUAUGAAAACUGCACAAUUAAGGCAACUGACAACGCAGCCCAAACGGAGAAUGUAAAGUCUAAAGUGGAAUCAAUGCUCAACAACAACAGACGAACGAAGGACAGCCCAAUACAGAAAAUCUUGGCUGAGUUCAAUAAGGAAAAUACCUUAUGUGAACGUAUAAAUUGUGCAGCGAAUUGGUAUAAGGACACCAAGACGAGUGGACAGGGCAACUUUUGGGAAAAGAAUGGUGCUGCUGUGGCAACACUAUGGAAAGAUUUGGCUGGAGCAAUGGAGAAGAGCAAGGGAAUAGGAAACAGCGAUUGUGAUCAUGUGCAAGAUGGAACUACAGCAUCUCCUUCUGACAGGACGGCAUGCAAUUAUUUGUAUGCCGGCUUACAGAAACUGUAUGAGAAGCCGGACGCGUCGGCGGGGGCGCCGGCGCCGGCGGCGCCGGCGCUGUCGUCGCCAGACGACGGCAUCCUAUCUAAGAACAACCCAUCGUUUAGACAAACGAUGGGUUGUUUCUUACUUCACGCAUAUGCAAAGGAGAUGAAAAAGAAGUCCAUUUGUAAUAUUGAUAAAGGGAUAAGCACAGCUUUCGAACUGGGAGAAAAACUGCGUAGUAGUGGUACUUGCAAUGGUGGUGCUGGCAGUGGCAAGGGACCUUGUGUCCCUUGCCAAUGGGAGCAGAAGAAUUUUCAGGAUUGCGAAAUUAAAACAAAUGGAAGCACUGACCCAAAUUACAAGGUUGAGAACAAAUUGAAGGACAUCGUAAAGGAAAGCGAUCCCGCUGUGACGGCAGCUGCACAGAAAAUGAAUGAAGUGAAGGACUUAUGUAAACGCUUCCAAUGUAUAUCCGAAAAAUGGUUAAAAGACGUCAAAAAUAAGGGGCAGAAUGGCCAAAACCUGACAAAAGACGACUGGAAUGAUGUAUGGAAUGAAGUCAAAGCGGAACUCACCGAACUUGGAAGCGCCAUAAAUUCUAAUAAGAGUACUGUAGGCACCUACUGCAGCAAACUUGGGAAUCAUACGGACGGAAGGCCGAGAGAUAAGGAGGCUUGCCUCCGUAUAGCAGCAGGAUUAAAAAGUCUCUACGACAUCCAAGACAAUGACAAACCCGUUAAGGCAUCGUUCAAAAGAACGAUGCGUUGUGUUUUAUUAAAUGCCAUUGCGGAUAAAAUGAAGAACGAAUUGCCAUGUGAAAGGGGAAGGAGUGUAACGGAAGGGAUAGAUAAGGCAUUUAAGAAGAGUAAUGACAUUAUGAAGGAAAGUGAAGGUUGCAAGAAUAAUGAUAACUGUUUUACGUGUGAGAGGUUUACGGGCUAUAAAAAUUGCACAUUUAAAGAAAAUAGCCGCACAGCGCAAUUAACGGAGUUAAAGAAAAAAAUUGACCCAAAGUUGGAAGAUAGUAAUAUUAGUAGUUCCUUCACGAAGGAUUCUCUAAUGAGGACCAUAUGUGGUGGUCAAUGCAAAAACAUGAGUAAUUUGUGUGGUCGUGUAGAAUGUGUAAAGAAGCAGUGGUUCGAUGACAGGGGGUAUGGGACGACGGAUACAACGAAGGCGGAUGAAAUUUGGAAGGAAGUCCAGAAGCAAAUCACUGAACUUGACAAGAACAUAGGAAAGAAUAAUGAUGACAGUACAGACAGUCUGUGUGCUGCCGUUCAAUGUACCAAUGGUAAUGCAGAUGAUUGCGUAAGCAAAACAACAUGCAAACUUAUUGUUAAAGCAUUGAAGAACAUACAUGAGAUGAAGGAGAACGGAUCCGGUUCUGAGGGGGCCAAAUUGAAUGACCGAAUAUUUCGUUCUACCAUGCGUUGUGCAAUACUCAAUGCCUUUAUACACACAUUAAAGGAACAUGCGAGAAAUGGUGGUUACGGCUGUGCUGUAGAGAAAGGAAUAAAGGAGGCCUUCAGUAAGGGGGAGGAGGAAGAAAAUCGCGAAAAGUGGUGUAAGAAGAAUGGUAAGGAAGAUGGUUCAUGUGAGGCGUGUGAGGAAAGAUUGUGCUUUGGUUCUAAAAUUGGGAAGGCUGAUAAACUGUGGGAUGAAGUAAUGAAGAAGUUAAACACUGACAUCAACACCAAAAUACAACCAACAUUGUCCAAAAUAAAAGAAAAGGUCACUUUAUGUGAUCGCGUGAAUUGCAUAGCAUCUCGAGUUAAGGCCAAGGGAAAUGAGGACAAAUUUUGGAAGACAGAUGGCGAAGUCGCUAACUUAUGGAAAGAUUUGUCCGAAGCAAUGAAGGUAAAUGGGGGUAAAGACGACAACGGAGGUCAAUGUGAUCAAAUGGAUGAUAAUGGCACCGCAGGUGCCAAGACUAGACCAGCAACUGACCCUGAAAAAAAGGCAUGCCAAUAUCUGUCAGCAGGUUUCAAAAAACUAAGAGAAAAUUCCUCUUCUAACCGCAAGGAUGGCAAACUCUUGUCCAGCUCAUCGUUGAGACAAACGAUGGGUUGUUUCUUACUUCAUGCUUAUGCAAAUGAAAUGAAAAAUAAGUCCAUUUGUGUUAUUGAUGCGGGGAUAAAAAGAGCUUUCAAGAAUGCAGGUAGUUGCAAUGGCAAGAGACCUUGUGUCCCUUGCCAUUGGAAUGAAGCCGACUAUGACAAAUGCCAAAUUACCACAACUGGCACAAAUGGCAACACUACGAAAAGUGCAAAGGACAAAUUAAAACAUGUUCAGGAUAAUAUUAACAGCACCGCAGAAGACAACCUAAAGAAAAUAAACCGCAUGGAUAAGUUAUGUGAUUAUAUUAAAUGCGCCGGACCCAAAUGGUUCAAAAACAAAAACGGAGGUAACGGCAACCCUACGCAGACUUGGUGUGACUUUUGGGAGUAUGAAGGCGUCAAACCCAAACUGCAGGAUUUAUUCGAGAAGAUCAAGUCCGGAGGACAGGACACUAAUGAUGUAUGCAAUAAAUUUGGUGAUGGUAAUGAGGAUAGUGUUGAAAGAAAAGCAUGUAAUCAUAUCACAGCAGGGUUACAAUACAUUAAGGACAUUCAACCAAAUGGUAGUGGUGGUAGUGGUCAAGACAACCAACUGCUCCAACGAGCAGUUGGUUGUAUUGCUCUUAACAUGUACGCUGAUCAAAUAAUUAAAUCGACGGACAAUGUUUGUCCCAUGGAUGAAACAAAAAUAAGUAAAAUGUUUGAAGAAUGGAAUAAAAGUAAUUCUUUAUGUAAUGGUGUUAGUAAUAAUAAUGGUUGUUUUGAAUGCAAGAGGGAAGCGAAUUUUGGUUCUUGCAACCUCCUCGUUGAUAAAGACUUAAUUGGAACAUCAACAGUACAAAAUGCAAAUUGCAAUGAUAACGACGACAAUAAAGACGUCCAAAAACAAAUGAAAGAACUCCUCGAAGACAAAUCCCAAUCCAACUCUACCAUUAAAUCCAACAUAACAACCACCUUAACUACUAUCACUAACAUGACCUCUUCUUUCUGUACUCAACUCCAAUGCGCCGCAAAGAAAUGGGGAAAGACUAAUAAUAAAGCAAAUUCAAAUGGAUCAGUUAGUUGGGAUGCCUUGAGGGAUGAGAUCGAGAAAGAAUUGAAGGCACUUCUAGAAAAUAUGACGGAGGGUCAGACUAAAUCGGAAAUUACCAAAUACUGUAACGACAGGGAAUGGGGUGAAUUUGGCCAUAAAGGAAAACACACAAAUAAAGCAGCUUGUUUGCUUUUUGCUUCAGGAUUAAAGCACAUUUAUACCCAUGGUAAUGGCCGCGGUAGCGGCCAGGUUAAUGGCCCAUCGUUUGGACAAACGAUGGGUUGUUUAUUUCUUAAAGAAUAUGCAAAACAAUUAAUAGAUUUGGCAGAUAAAGAAAAAAAGUAUAAGGUACAUCCUCUUUGUGAAAUAGAUAAGGGCAUAGAUCACGCUUUUAGCAAAAGUGAAAAAAUUAUGAAAGACACAUCUCCAUGCAACAAGAAUGGUAAUUCUUGUUUUGAAUGCAAAUGGAAUGAUAACGAUUAUGAUGAUUGCAAAAUUGGCAAUGAUAAAGUAAAGACCAAUGUGGAAACAUUGUUCAAGCACGACGAAAACAAAAAACAUAUGCAACAAACAUUAGAGAAUACAGUUUGUCCCAUCCUUCUUACGGAUAUCCUUACCCCUUUUCUUCCUUUGGCUCCUGUCUCUAUUGGCCUUUCUGCUAUGGCUUAUUACCUUUGGAAGUAUUUUGGUCCUCUUGGUAAAGGAGGACCACGUUUCAGAAGAUCUCCUACUGAAAUUCCUGGUUCAUCAGUACAGGAACAGGUCCUUAAUCAUGUGCAACAAGAUAGUUCACAUGAAUAUCGUUUGGUGAAGGAACGAAAACCUCGUUCUGUUCCAACAGGAACGAAACGUUCUGGUCGCGUGAAUCGUCGAACGAUUAUUGAAAUUCAUUUUGAAGUGUUGGAUGAAUGUCAAAAAGGGGACACACAAUUGGCUCAGAAGGAUUUUCUGGAACUUUUGGUUCAAGAGUUCAUGGGAUCGGAAUUUAUGGAAGAAGAACAGGUUCCUUUGGAACGUGUUCCUAUUGAAGAGCUUCCAAGCUUAGGUUCCGGGUUAUUGGUUUAA